GGCGCACAGGCUGGUCGGAGCUUGAUAAAGACACGAUGGGAGUGAGGGGCGGGUCCCCUCUCACGCUUACUGGCUGCCUCCGGCGUCACUCAAAGAGGGGUUGGCCCAGCGCCUCUUCAGGAGCGCCUGGAGCAGCGCCCGGGCUCAGAUUGCGCUCAGGAGCGGCGCGAGCAGCAGCUGGGAGCGUGGGCGGCGCCGGCAGCAGCAAAGCGCGCGACGAGUCCCGUCGGACUUCCAAGGAGGGAAGCGCCUUUGCUGCUGCUUCUGAGGAGAUGGGCACCCUCAGCCUCGUGCUCCUGCUCCCUUUGGUGGCCGCGCUGGACUUCAACUACCACCACACGAAGGAGCUGGAAGCUUUCCUGAAGGCUGUGCAGAGGGACCACAGCAACAUCGCUCACUUAUAUAGCAUUGGCAAGUCGGUGCAAGGUAGAGACCUGUGGGUUCUUGCUCUGGGAAGGUUUCCAACCCAACAUAGGAUUGGCAUACCAGAGUUCAACUAUGUUGCUAAUAUGCAUGGGGAUGAGGCAGUCGGGAGGGAGUUGCUGCUCCAUCUUAUAGACUUUUUGGUAACCAGUGAUCAGCGUGAUCCGGUCAUUACAAAACUCCUUGACAGCACCCGAAUACACAUCCUGCCUUCAAUGAACCCUGACGGAUUUGAAUCAGUAAUCAAUGCCAGCUGCGAGCCUCUUUUUGGCAGAUUCAAUGCUAAUAAUAAAGAUCUGAACAGGAACUUCCCGGAUGCCUUUAUCCUAAAUACUCAUGACAUCCAGCCAGAGACUGAAGCUAUAAUGAACUGGUUAAAGAAUGAAACGUUUGUCCUCUGCAAUCUGCAUGGCGGAUCACUGGUCGCAAGUUACCCUUUCGAUAAUGGCAAUUCAGUUACUGUUAAUUUUCUGGAUGAGAGCCGAACUGUUGAUAAUGAUGUUUUCAUGCACCUGGCGAGAACAUACUCAGAGAAACAUGCCACGAUGCAUAAAGGGAAUGCGUGUAACUCUGUAGAAUACUUCCCAGACGGCAUUACAAAUGGAUAUCAGUGGUACAUGCUUCAUGGUGGGAUGCAGGAUUAUAGCUACGUCUGGGGACAGUGCUUCGACAUCACUCUGGAAGUAUCGUGUUGUAAAUUUCCACGAAAAGAUGAGCUUCCAUCCUUCUGGAAUGACAAUAAAAAUGCUUUGAUCGAAUACAUUAAACAAGUUCAUCUAGGUGUAAAAGGUCGUGUUUUGGAUGAGAAUGACGAACCUGUUCCAGGUGUGAUAGUGGAAGCUGUCGGAAGGAGACACAUAUGUCCUUACAGAACCAACAAAAAUGGAGAAUAUUAUCUUCUCCUCCUGCCUGGCACCUACACACUUAAUGCAACAGCACCUGGCUCUAGCUCAUUGCUACAGGAACUUCAUAUACCAGAUGGCAGAGCACAGUUCAGUGCCCUCACGUAUGACUUUGUUGUCCGCCAUUUACAGACCAGACCCGAGCCUGCUUCAUGCCCCACAGACCCCCUUUAUUCUUCAGAUUAUGAUAAAAACCAAUCUGCCACACUGAAGCCUGCUAUUACCUCCUUGGUUUUAGUUAAUAUCUUUUAUGCAGUGUUGAGAUGAAACUUUUAUGUGCAUAUAUAUAUAUUCAUUCAAAUGGACUGGACAAUCUUAUCUUGACAAUCAAACAUUGGCUAUUUCAGUGUAAUGUAAUAAAGUACUGUAUUACAUAAAGUAUACGUUUCUUAAAGAGAA